CAUGCAUCACAAAGACUACUGUAACAAGGGACUCUCGUCGCACCCAGGCUGUCGAUACAUCGCUGUCGUUUUGAACUAAAAGUGCCCGGAAGCGUGUCGUUGCGUUGUGUUUUGAACUUUAUCUAGGAAAAUUUAAGACACUGAGCUCAUAGCUUACAAAGACAGCGGCUCGGGGCACAGCGCUUGAAGCAUAGCAUUUUGGCCGGAGCGCCGCGCCUUCGGCGCUCGGUAGCCAUGGCUCCCACGGCAUAUAUGCUCUUCUGCAAUCAGCAUAGAGAAUCCGUGCGCCAGCGGCUAGCAGCAGAGGGCCAGGAGAAGAUAGCGGUGACGGUCGUGGCCAAGGAGCUGGGCCAAAUAUGGAAAGCUCUUACCGAGGAGGAAAAGGCCAAGUACCGGGCGCAAGCAGAGGAGCAGAAGCAGCAGCAACAGCAGCAACAAGCGGGCGACGGGAGCGAGACGCAAGGCGAGGGGAACGCGGAGGGGGGCCAGAGGGCUGGCAGCCCCGCCAAGGCUGCCGCUGCUGCUUCGCUACCGGCGUCCUGGGUGCGCAAAGUGGUCAACCUGGACCCUGAAAUCCAGCGCUGCUCCGCUGAGGGCGUGCUGGCGCUGUCGGCGGCCGCGGAGGUGUUCCUGUCCGCCGUGUGCGCCAAGGCCACGGCGGCGGCGGCGGCAGGCAAGCGGCGCACGGUGCGCCUGGAUGACAUGGAGAAGUGCAUUCGGGGCGACAAGCGGCUCAUGGCCGCGGGCUUCACCGCCGUCAUCAACAUGGUGUCGGCUGCAGCGGCCACAGAGGCGGAGGGCAAGGCUGCUGCGGUGGCUGCAGCGGGCGCGCCGCCGGGAAAAAAGCAAAAGGUGGACAAGGCCGCCGCACCGGCGGCAGGGGCGGAUAAGCACAACAGCAUUGAGAAGGCGUUUGGUAUGGCGUCAUGAGCUGCCGCCGCUGCAGGCCUGAUGGGCUUGAUCAAGCGCAGACGCAAGGGUUAGAGGCUAGGACCAGAGCUGCUCCAAGUUGCACGUGCAAAGUGCUGCGGUCAAGGUGGCGGUAGUGCACCUUGCUGUAUGUGGCAGAUGUUGGGUAGGACAAGGGCAUGCACAGAGAGGUUGUUGCACCGUGGAGGCAUGGUUUGGAAAGAGACAUCGCAAGCAAAGGAAGGACUCAGAUGCAAGUACAGGACACUUCCCAUGACCCUAUGCAUCUAGCAGUGUUGAGGUGGAUCCGGUAAUGCCUAAUGGAAGCUAGGGGCCUUCGCGGGUGCACCUCUCCAGCGCCACAGUACGUACGCAGUGUACGAGACAGGGGUACCUUAAGCAUGAGGCAUAUCCGGUGCCGCUGUUUGUAAGGCACUUGCAUCAGUUGUGAACCGGGCGUGGAUCACAUGCCUUCAGUGCCGCCACAUGGCAUUGUUUCAUUACCGGGCUCUCAGGCAGCAGGGCCUGCAUGGGUAGGCCGCCGCCGCUGGCGAGGCGGGCCCUAACCACGUUCUUGCAGAGGCUGAACAAGAAAUGAGUUUUUCCCGUGCAAGCAGUGCUCGUAUCUUCCAUCUACACUGUAGAAAUGUGCCCAAAAUCCGCCGAAGGCGGAGAAAAAAAUUUGGGUUUGGGUGCCGCGCAUCUACGCAGGUGUAGACGUUUUUGGCCGGUUUUGGCGCAAAAAUGGGGGAAGUGUAGACGUUUUGGGGGGCUUGGGGGCUUAAGUGUAGAUGCCGCGGUCAGGGUCAUCUACGCAUGUGUAGAUGCCAGGUGCCUGAGGGCAUCUACAAGAUACGAGCACUGCGUGCAAGGGAAAAGCGGGCUGAGCCCACGUGACAUCUCCAGU